CUCGAAUUGGUUUCGCUCUCGAGUUCUGGUUUUGUUUUUCACUCAAAACCCGUCGUUUGGAUCAACUUUUCGGUGAUAUCUUCGCCCGAAAUGCCGGCCAAUGAGUGUCCGUUCGACGACUCCUUCGAGUUCUGCGUUCGUCGCGCCAACGGAUCCACUGAUUGCCACUUCGAGUACGUCUUGGGUUUGACUCAUUUGAUGCAAAAGUUGGUCCAAAUCGAGGACAAUGUCGUCGACUUGUGGAUCAAGUCGUCGAAACAGUCGCGCAAUUGUCUGUUGACCGCAAUCUUCCGCUUUAUUCCCAACUGUGGUCUCGAAGUCUGUUCGCCGAAAGUCGUCGACUUGUGUCCAAUCGAUCACAAGAUAAGAAUGAGUUUCUAUGAGUUCUUGUGCUUCAGUGUCUGCCAACUGAUGAUGACUUUGAGUGCAAAUCAGAUGCCAUUUGUGGAACAGACGCUCUUCGAGAACCUCUUAUCCGAAGACUGUAUUCGCCAUCAGUUGGCGUCCGAUGUCUUGUGUUUCAUCUCUCGUUUCAAUGAGUCGUCAGCUCUUUGUUACCACUUUUGUUCACUUCUGAUGACUAUGUCUUCACAUAUCGACCACCGAUUGGUUCCCAACACCACAUCACUGCUCAACCGAUUGUUGCCUUUCCUGAAGCCUUCAGAACUCCAGUAUUUGAUCAGUGAUUACGAUCUCAUCAAACAUUCAAAGACAUGGAGUCUUCUGAACGUAUCCCUGGUUCUGUCGCCUCAAGAGAUCACCAAAACUGUUGACAGAUAUCAGACAUUCAUUGCUGAGGGAAGACCUCUCACUACACACGACUUGAAUCUGAUGUCUAAUCUGUUGACCACUCAUGCGGUCGACGACAAGACCCGCGAAAACACUUUUAUCACUAUUUUAGACAACUUUUCGCAAUCAAAUGACUGCAAACUGAACAUACAUUUCAUCGAUUUGUUGACUGUUUUGACGCCCAAAAGAUUCAAUGAUUUAAAUAGAAACCAAUUAAUGGACAAAAAUGUGAUCAAAACUUAUUUACAAAAUACGAUUGCAUUGGAAGUCAAGCCUCGAAGGUAUGGCAGAAGUGAUGACAACUCGAGUCCAAUGAAUGCGAAGAAUAAGAAUAAAAAGAGACGAAAAAUAGUCGACGAAUCGGAUGAAGACUUUGACGACAGUCUCGAUUUUAUGGUCGAAGCCAUGGAAGAGGGCUUUAAUGGCGCCGACACUCAAUGAGUCCUUGGAUUCAGUCGUCUUCCUCUUCAGGUCUAAGACUUCCGAACACUUCUCUCGGAACCAUCUUUUGCUGGAUAUCUGUUAGAAACAAACCAUUCAUUAGUUAUUAAUUAUUCGUAAAAUUUUUGGUAAUUAUUUUAAUUAUUUGUAAAUAAAAUACUAUUUUAUUAUAACUGAAA